AUGUUACGACGAUAUUGUACAGCAGCUAUUGAUGGACAACAAAAAUGGUCUCAUCAAAAUUUGAUCCUAUUACUAAUUGCUAAUAUUCCGACAUUUACUUCGGCUACCACCGAAUGGUUUGGUGAUUCAAGAGCAUAUAUGAAUCCUGCUCUAUCACCACCAUUUUAUGAUGUUAUUUACGAUAUUUCUGAAUGUCCAGAUGGACUCGAAAGUGAAGCAAUACCAGAAUAUGCUUAUUUCGGACCAAUGAUUGAAUCAAUGAAUGUUAUGAAACAUGUUGAAUGCUUAGAUAAAUGUAUCAAACAUUCGAAAUGUGUUGCGGUCAAUUUCUUCGCAUCUAUGACAUUUCAGGGGAAUGGUUUUUGUGAAUUGUUAAGUGAAUCUCAAUUGGACAAUCCCAAACUUAUGAGACCAUUCAAACAAGCUGCUUAUUUUGAAAAUAUUCAAUGUCGAACAGAGAACGAUAUUGUUAAUGAAAAUCCUGACGAAAAACCGUUCGAAAGGUCAAGAGAUAAUGCGAUAACAGUUCUAAAAAAACUGUCAAAACAAGUGGACCAACUCAAUCUAUUCCAUCGACAACGACGCUAA